AUGGCAUUCUCUGAUGAUUUUGUGGACAAGCUAUGCUGCCGGCUCAAGCAGCUUGGAGCGCCCAAGGUGUUAUUAUUUGCAGUGCUCCUUCUGGUCUGGACGGAUGUUUCUUCGAUGAGCUUGCAGGACACAACAAAACUGGGCUUUGUCGAGAUGUUUGCUGGUCAGGCAGAGGCCACACGUAUGUUUCGCUAUGCAAAUAUCCCAGCUGCACGUUUAGACCUGGAGUACAUGAAGGAUAAUCAUGAUGGUGAAAAUCCAAUGGAUUUGCUUACUGACAGUGGCAUGGCGACAGCUCUAGGAGUGAUUCUUCGUGGAGACUAUCAACAAGGAUGGCUGUCCCAUUUUGGGCUGAAAUGUAGUUCAUGGACAACAAUCAACCAAGCGACUUCUUCCCGUUCACCAUGUUCUAGCAUUGGAAACACUGAUUUUAAAAGUGUUAGGGAUGCAAAUUGCCUUGGGAGCCGGACCAUUUUGUUGAUGAUGGUGGCAAUAUGUCUCAACGCAUGCAUACUUCUAGAACAACCUGCUCAAAGUUUCUUUGAAUACUACCCACGGUUCAGAGACCUGGUUCAAAUGCUCCAACAUCAUGGAGGCCGAGGUGCAGUACACAAAGUCUGCUGGCACAUGUACCACUAUGGAGGUCCAACCCCCAAACCCUUGUAUGCUUUCUGCAACAGCCACCACGUUGGGAAGCUCAACAUGGGCAAGUUGACUGGUUGGACUCAGACUAAAAAAGUGCUCAAGGACCAGGGAAAGGCCAAGGAUCUGGUUAUCAAGUAUAAGGACUCUACUGGCAAACAGCGGUUCAAAGGAAGCACUCAUCUGCGUGGUAGUGAGUGCUAUCCGCCAAAGUUUGGAUUGAAGUUGGUGGAAUUGUUCCACGACCUGAUCGCCGACAAAGCAGGUAUGCCUGAGCUGCCGUCCAAGGUACCCACGGCAUUGGAGACAUUUACUUCCAUGGAGUUUGAUGAUACGUGGCCUGAGGCACAGAUGGUGUCGGUGUGCCAUUUUCUCAGGGGUGGAGCUCGCUUGUCUAUCCCCCGCAGCUUUUGGAACCAUUUGCCUCAGAAACUUUAA